AUGGAGAAUACCGGUUACCAAUUACUCACAUUUAACCAAAAUGACAUGAAGGGAAAUAAAUCAUUUUAUGGAGUUGUAAUGGAUCCCAUUAAAAACUUUACCAAACUUAUGGAAAACCUUCAGUUUGGCAAUGAUGGAUUUGCCUUUGGUACUCUGGAGUUAACUUUUGAUGCAAGAUCGGGUGGUGGCCAAGUUUACUAUUCCUGUGCAAAUGUUCGUCUUCAAAAUAAGCCAUAUAAUUUUACAGGUGGAAGAACUAUUGAAAUUCAAGCUACAUUAACCCUUACAGAUGUAAACGGUGAUAAAUUGGGAAGCAUAGAGACUGAUGGUACCCCAGGAGAAUUGUUUAUCCCCGAUUUGGUUGUUAGACAAGAUCAAACCCAAAAUCCAUUUAAAUCUACAAUAGAUGCAAAUGCAGGUUUAAUCAAUCCAACACCUAUUAGAGCUUGUAAUGCAACUUCAAUAAAAGGUUGUCAAAAAACUUCCCCAUGUCACAAUACAGCCACUGAUGGUGAAAUGGUAAACCAAAUUUAUAUUGGUGAAGAUUAUGAUGUCGCUAUUUAUCAAUUAAAUGCAAUGCUAACUAAAACCGAACAAAGUACCUACACACUUCAAUAUUUCCCAUCAAAUUCUAAAGAUGUUGGUAUUCAAUUAUUAACCUUCAACCAAAAGAAUUUCAAAGAAGAUAACAUGAGUAUUAGAGUAGUAAUGGAUGCAAUUAAAAAUAAUCCAAAGUACAAAAAAAUCGAAUUUGACAAAAAUGGUUUUUCAUUUGGUAUUGUCGAGCUUACCUUUGAUGCAAGAGAAAACCCAAAGGAAGAUGACCUUAAAACUGAUCGUGUAUUUUACUCUUGCGCAAGAGUCCGUUUACAAAAGAAACCAGUUCCUAAAGCCAAAGGAACCACUUUCAUUGUAGAUUCAUCAGUUCUUCUUAGAAACACUGAAGAAGGUAUUGGUAAUGCUACUCCAGACUAUCAACCAUAUAAUAUGACCAUUCCUAGAUUAGUAGAACACAAUGCUGAUGAUAGUGGUAGUGGUAGUCAACUCGGAAACAAAGAUCCAAAUGGUGAUUUAAAAACAAACAAUGGAGAAGAAGAAGAAAAACAACAUAAUGGAUCAAACUCAUUAGUUUCUCCAUUUGCUUUUAUUACCCUCUUAUCAUUAAUUUGUACUUUAUUAAAAUUAUAA